AAUACGACCAAAGCCCAAUUAUUUUGAAAAUCAGCAGUAGCUUCCCCCGCCGUGGCUUAGGGUUUUACCUGUACCCCGUCGUGGAAAAGCUUGGUCUUCUCUUUCACUUGCUGAGCGCAAAAUGUCUGAAGUGAAUGCUACCCCUGAAGUUACUCAAAACAACACCAUCUACAUCAAUAACCUUAACGAGAAGAUCAAGAUUGAUGAGUUGAAGAAGUCUCUGAACGCUGUUUUCACUCAGUUCGGGAAGAUACUUGAGGUGUUAGCUUUUAAAACCCUAAAACACAAAGGUCAAGCUUGGGUGGUCUUUGAGGAGGUCUCUUCUGCUUCCAAUGCUCUGCGGCAAAUGCAAGGAUUUCCUUUCUAUGAUAAGCCCAUGAGAAUACAGUAUGCAAAGACCAAAUCUGAUGUAAUAGCAAAAGCGGAUGGUACUUUUGUUCCUAGGGAAAAACGUAAGAGGCAUGAUGACAAAGGCAAAAAGCGGAAGGACCAACAUGAUGCUAAUUUAGCUGGAAUGGGACUAAACCCAGCCUAUUCUGGUGCUUAUGGUGCAACACCUACGAUACCUUAUCCAGGUGGUGCAAAAUCCAUGGUACCUGAGGCUCCUGCACCACCAAAUAAUAUUCUCUUUAUUCAGAAUCUUCCCAAUGAGUCAACUCCCAUGAUGCUGCAAAUGCUCUUUCUCCAAUAUCCUGGAUUCAAGGAAGUUAGAAUGGUUGAAGCAAAGCCAGGAAUUGCCUUUGUGGAAUAUGGUGAUGAGAUGCAAUCUACAGUGGCUAUGCAGUCGCUGCAAGGUUUCAAGAUAACCCCACAAAACCCUAUGUUGAUAACUUACGCCAAAAAAUAGAUAGCGGUUUCUUGAACUUGUAUGAGAAAAGACAGGAACCCCAUCUUCAGCAUAGAGUUGUUAAUCCAUUUAAUGCAGUGGUGUAAUGUUAAUUGGCUUCUAUCUUUGGCACAGCCUUGAUUCAAGUAUGAUUGUAGUUACGGAUAAUAACUGUCAUUUUAUACAAAUGUAUUUAGGAAA